AUGGAUAUGUCAAUGGGCACUACCACAUCUGCCACACCGGCCGCGACCUCUUCCGCUUCGAGUAUGAGUAUGGACAUGGGCGGCGGCGGUCACUCAUGCAAGAUUUCAAUGUUAUGGAAUUGGAACACAGUCGAUACAUGCUUCAUCGCCAAAUCAUGGCACAUAACCUCCAGAGGAAUGUUCGCAGGUUCUUGUAUUGGCGUUAUCUGUCUCGUUAUCUGCCUGGAGUUCCUUCGCCGAUUGGGAAAAGAGUACGACCGUCUUCUUUUGAGACAGCACAAAUCAAAGGUUGCGGCGACGGAAACAAACCAGGCUUCUUCUGCAAAAAUCCCAUCGUUUGGGUUUAGGCCUACGGUUUUUCAACAGAUGGUUCGAGCUUUGCUGCAUAUGUGUCAAUUUGCUGUGGCGUACUUUGUUAUGCUCCUUGCGAUGUAUUACAAUGGGUACUUCAUUAUCUGUAUCUUCAUUGGUGCAUAUAUUGGCUCGUUUAUCUUUACGUGGGAGACCAUUAGUUCUGGUGAUGGGAAGCAGACAAGUGUAGCAAACGAGUCAACUGUCUGCUGUGGCUGA